ACAAGUAAGAAACAACGACACUCUGAAUUUUCCAGCUUUGUACUCGGCGGCGAUCUUCUGAUUUCUGAAGAGUUGGUGAUUCAUAUCAUCGCGUCGCGUUAGAGAUCAGUGGAACUUUUUUCUCCAUCUUCUACAUUUCGCGUUAGAUCUCGUUUGGUUGUAAUUCCCCUCAAGCUUUCUGCAUCGCUCUCCGUCCCUCUCGUUUCCUCCCUUUUCCCAAGGAGACACGAGAACCAGAUUCUUCCAUUUGGAGACGCGGGGGGAUUGAAUGGCUAACACUGCCUGUUUUAUAAUUGUGGGUCGCAAUGAUAUUCCCAUCUAUGAAGCUGAAGUAGGAUCUGCUGCCAAAAGAGAAGAUGCUGCUCAGUUGCACCAAUUUAUAUUACAUGCAGCAUUAGAUGUUGUCCAAGACCUAGCAUGGACUACAAGUGCCAUGUUCUUGAAGUCAGUUGACAGGUUUAACGAUCUGGUUGUGUCAGUGUAUGUUACUGCAGGCCAUACCCGACUCAUGCUCCUUCAUGAUUCACGCAACGAAGACGGAAUCAAGAGCUUCUUCCAGGAGGUGCAUGAGCUUUAUAUAAAGAUUCUUCUGAACCCAUUGUAUCUGCCCGGUUCUCGGAUAACAUCGACACAUUUUGACACCAAAGUACGCGCACUUGCAAGAAAGUAUCUGUAGAGAAGACACGAUAUUUGGUGGAAGAGGUCCAAUUUUCUUGUAUCCCAUAUGUUGUUUCUCCUUGUCUUGUUUAGUGCCUGGAUUUCUGUUAUUUCUAACUUGCAAGCAGCAUUAUGAUAAUGGGAUUCCUCGUAAUGGAUCCAUUCAAUCCAACCCCAUAAUUUCAUCUUUGGUUCCUUAUUAUCAA